CGCAAUAAAGUGUUAAGAAGUUACUAGGGGACAUACGCACGUGUGUUUUCUCUAAACAUAGUCACGCAGGUUACCAUUUUCUGUGAAACACUACAACAACAAAGGAGUUCAGCGUCAAACGUAGACUUCAACAACAUCAAGAUGGAUCCUGGCCCUGCAGCAAAACGGUUCAUUAGUAGCAGCUCUGACCCGAGUUUUGACCUGCACCGUUGUGAGGGAGAACACCACCUGACGCUGAACACCUGUGUGAACCAGGGCUCUGACGAGACAGAGGGCGUCAGUCGUCCGGGGGGAGACUACAGAAAAGUAAAGCUACACCGCUGCCCAGGAGAGUAUAAGCUGACGGUGGAGCCGCCCAGUCGGGAGGGGAUCGCCGCCGCCACCUUCACACGGGCUUUCCCACCGGGCGACCCGGGGUGCGCCAGGGCAAAAUUAAGGGCCUCUAGAACAAGGCGCCACUCAGAGGGUGACGAACUGUUUGCCGAUCCUGAGGGGUCAACUGAGGUCAUCCACCAGGAGACACGGUCACAGAGUGUUGACGUCACCGGUGACGUCACGACGAAGCCAAGUGCGCAGGCCCAGAAAAUAUCCGAGAUCGACUGUGUCCAAAUCUGCGGAGAAGCGUCCGAAGUCAUGGACGAGAUGAAAAACUUGGCAGUGGCUUAAAAAUAGGAUCGUAAUGUCUUUAAGGGACAAUAUUUUCUGUGCUGUGACAGCCUUAAUAUGUCCUAGAACAUACGACCCAUCUUUAUGACCUAUAUAUAAAGAUGUAACAUUAGAAGACCGUAUGUACAUAAAAAGAAACCUUUUGAUUAUGUUGUUCGUCCUGGAUUGAAUGAAUUCAACGUUGAAAAGUUUAUUCUUCAAAACACAUUUAGUUGCGUGUUUCUAUAAUGGUGAUUUAAAAAGUACGCUACUUAUCUAUUACAUACUGAGACACAUUGAACACAAUUAAAAUGAAUGAUUCUUAAAAAAGUUCAAUAAAUGCAGGAAAACGGUCAAUAAAAUGCAGAUU